AUGACCGCGGCACACCGCAACGCCCGACAUGUGGAGAUGGUCGAGUACAACAUGAACGAAUUCUAUGAGAGUUUCUUCAUUGAUGACGAGUUGCUCUACGAUGACAUUUUAAAUACGGAUCCUCUCUUUCCGGAAACUGAUUCACUAUCAAGUUGGGGAUCUGAUGAAUGGGAUCGCAGUGAUGACGAGAGUGGUGCAGAUAGUGAUGUAAAUAGCUAUUAUGAGGAUACACCGCAGAGUACCAGUGAAGAAGAAAGUCCUUACAUUGAUGUUGCUAUCUGUGGUAACCGACAUCCUCCUCCAGAACUGCCUCCUGCACCGCCGGGUUUAGGCAAAGAAGAUAUUGUGAGACGUCAUAUUGUUCAAUGUAUUAUUGAUAGUGAAAAUAGUUACGUCAAUACAUUGACUAGACUUAUACAGGAGUAUGAGAAGCCAUUACUGGAAAGCAUGAUUCUUGAACGUGAAAAAGUUUGUGCAAUAUUUUACCAAAUCAGAGCCAUCCAUCAGUGCCAUAGCAUAUUUCAAAUAGCAUUAUCAGCUAGAGUGAAGGAAUGGGACACUGUACAAAAACUUGGUGAUGUCUUUGUUGCGUCAUUUUCUAAAUCCAUGGUGCUUGCAGCCUACAGUGCAUAUGUCAAUAACUUUAAUGUUGCUAUGGAUACAGUUCGGAAAUCCUGUGCAAACAAGCCAGCAUUUGAUGAAUUUCUCAAGGAGCAACAAAGUAAAAACUCUGACAGAAUGGACUUGGCUGGAAUGAUGUUAAAACCAAUUCAACGAUUUCCACAGUUUAUCUGUCUACUGCAGGACCUACUGCAGCACACGCCGGCAGGACACACAGAUAGAAUGUCAUUGCAACUUGCAUUGACAAGAUUAGAAACUUUAGCUGGAAGACUGAAUGAGAGGAAAAGACAAACUGAACAAAGACAUGAAGUCAGACAUGUACUGAAGAACCUCAAUGUUAAAUAUUCAACCAAAGCUACAACAGCAAGCACUCGAUGUUUAAUACGACAGGAUGACAUGCUACAAAAA